AUGAACAAGGUUCGCCGCAAGAAGCAGAUGAAGAAGGGCAUCCAGUUUUGCCUGAUGGUCUGCGGUGCUUCUGGAACUGGACGCACUACCUUCGUGAACACACUCUGCGGAAAGAAGGUCCUACAGAGCAAGGAUGCCGAUGACGCCGAGAACGCACACGUUGAGGAGGGCGUACGGAUCAAGCCCGUCACCGUCGAGCUCGACGAGGAGGGAACUCGUAUUUCCCUGACGAUUGUCGACACCCCUGGUUUCGGCGACCAGAUCGACAACGAGGCGAGUUUCGGUGAGAUCUCUGGCUACCUCGAGCGCCAGUACGACGACAUUCUUGCCGAGGAGUCCCGUAUCAAGCGUAACCCGCGAUUCCGCGACAACCGUGUGCACGCCCUCCUUUACUUCAUCACUCCUACCGGCCAUGGUCUCCGUGAGCUUGAUAUCGAGUUGAUGAAACGCCUCUCACCCCGUGUGAACGUUAUCCCCGUCAUCGGAAAGGCUGACUCGCUCACCCCUGCCGAGCUUGCCGAGUCGAAGAAGUUGGUCAUGGAGGACAUCGAGCACUACCGUAUCCCCGUCUACAACUUCCCCUACGACAUCGAGGAGGACGACGAGGAUACCGUGGAGGAGAACGCCGAGCUGCGUGGACUGAUGCCGUUCGCCAUCGUCGGAAGCGAGGAGACCGUGGAGAUCGGUGGACGGAAAGUUCGCGCCAGACAGUACCCUUGGGGUAUUGUUGAGGUCGAGAACCCAAGGCACUCGGACUUCCUGGCGAUCCGAUCGGCUUUGUUGCACUCCCACCUCGCCGAUCUCAAGGAGAUCACCCACGACUUCCUCUACGAGAACUACCGAACAGAGAAGCUUUCUAAGUCUGUGGAGGGUGGUGCUUCUGCUUCGAUGAACCCCGAGGAUCUCGCGUCUCAGUCCGUCAAGCUGAAGGAAGAGCAGCUCCGACGUGAGGAGGAGAAGCUCCGAGAGAUCGAGCUCAAGGUGCAGCGCGAGAUCAACGAGAAGCGACAAGAGCUUCUCGCCCGUGAAUCCCAGCUCAAAGAGAUUGAGGCGAGAAUGACCCGCGAGGCGAGUGCCAACCAUGGGGAUCAGAACGGCGACCACGCAUAA